CUCAUCUGGCAACCAUCACGAUUGGCCGCUUGUGCUGCAGCAGGACAUUAUUGGCGUAUUAUGUUGGACUGAAAAGCGUGCCUGUGUGUUUCUUUUGAUCACGCCGCCUCGCUUGUGUUACAGCUGAGCGGAUACUCUAAUCUACUGACACAAUACUGUACGUGACGUCAGUGGUAGAUAACAACAAAAGUCCGGUCGGAGGAGUGGUGUAAUUAUUUAACCCAGGGGUGUUUCUCUCCUGGUCUUUGCUCCACCCUGUUCUGAAUUGUUUCAUUCAACCAGUUAAACCUCCUAAGUAGUUUACGAUCUCACUGUACCUGUUAAACCUGUAGGAGUGGCCCUCCACGACCGUGAUUGAACACCCCUGUCGGAUGUAAAGAAAGACUUUGGACAUUUCCUUGUUUGACGAACAGGCUGCAGUAUAUAUUAAAGUUUCUCUGCUUUGAGGAUUCUCGGCUUGUUGUACAGUUUUAACAAUGAUACCCCUACAGAAGUGGAAAAGUAAAAGAACAUUUCUUUCCCUCUGGCAGUGCUCUCUUCAGUCAUUGUUAGUUUUUGCCUUUGGACUAGGAAUUGGCUUUGGUUUAAGCAGUUUCUUAUUACGUAUUGUGUUUGAGGAGAAAAGGCAAGAACAUUACAGUAUGAUACCGAAUGAUCCUCAUGGACACCUUCCAGAUGAUUCUGACAGUCAAGUGCUGCAGGGACAAAUGAACUUCAAUGCUGACCAUGGGCAUUAUGCAGAAGACAAAACGGUUGCAGAGGAUCUUUAUAAGAAGGUUCGAGUCUUGUGUUGGGUGAUGACUGGACCACAGAACCUGAAAACUAAAGCCAAGCAUGUGAAUGCCACUUGGACCAAGCACUGCAACAAAGUACUCUAUAUGAGCUCAAUAGAGGACAAGGAACUCAAUGCUGUGGGGCUAGAUGUUAAAGAGGGCAGGGACCAACUCUACUGGAAAACUAUCAAAGCCUUUCACUACGUUUAUGAGCAUUACUUUGACGAAGCUGACUGGUUCUUGAAAGCAGAUGAUGACACUUUUGUUGUCCUAGAAAAUCUGCGCAUGCUGCUGUCAAAAUAUAAACCAGACCAACCACUAUACUUCGGACGUCGCUUCAAACCGUUUUCAAAACAGGGGUAUAUGAGUGGAGGAGCUGGAUAUGUGCUAAGCAAAGAAGCACUGAGGAGGUUUAUUGAGGGUUUCAAAACAAAACAAUGCACUCAUUUUACUUCUGUUGAAGAUCUGGCAUUGGGAAGGUGUUUGGAGGCUAUGAAUGUAACAGCCGGAGACGCCAGGGAUAAAAAUAAAAGAGAAUCCUUUCACCCCUUUAUACCAGAAUCGCACCUGGUUAAAUCCUAUGGGGCCAAAACUUUCUGGUACUGGAGCUAUAACUUCUAUCCCACUGAAGAGGGUCCAGGAUGUUGUUCUGAUCUCGCAAUAUCAUUCCACUAUGUUGAUUCAAUCCACAUGUAUGAGUUGGAAUACUUAGUUCAUCAUUUGCGGGCCUAUGGGUACAAGUACAGAUACAAUACAGAUACAGAGUAAUAAAAAAGAAGAUACAGAAUCGAUAAAAGGAAAUAUGGGAUUAAUUAGAAGAACUCAAAUGAUUUUGAAAUCAAUGGAUGCAAUGCACUGCUGUUUGUAUGUUUUAGUUAUUUAAAGGGGUAGGGAAGGAGGUGCUGGUGGGAGGAUUGUUAAUUGAGGUAUAAACUAUGUCCUAAAUACAAUGUUGUCAUUUAUAUAUUGUGUCCUCUAUAUGCAGUCUCUUGUUGUCAAGGAUAAUAAUGUUUACAAUGCUGUAUUUGAGGGUGUGUGACAAAAUAACCUCAGAAUGUAAUUUUUGUCACAUUUAAAACUGGAAUCUGAAUGUUACCAUUUUCAGAAGGCGUUUAUCAGCAGUUUAAAUAAGUGCAGAUGAGGGAUCAUAUGUUUUUACUUUUAAAGGAAAUACCAAUGCAAUUAAAUGGAGGGACUAAAAAACUGUAUUCUACCUUUGCACCCUUCAUUAUGUAUAUCAGGCUUUGAGAUGUGUGUUAUAAUGCAAUCCUAAAAUGAUUUGUGUGUGUUUACAAUUUGAGUUAAACAGGCACCACCAAGGUGACCAUAAAUGUA